CGAAAGUUCAUCAGUCCAGUAUUUAGUUAUUCACCAGAACGCCCAUAAAAUUAUAGUGAUUCUGGAAGCUCUCGCGCUAAUUUGUGCAUGUAGUCAGGCGAAUGUCAGUCGAAGAUGAUUCUGACCAUCGGUUGCCAACUACUCGUACUCGGAGGAAUUCGAUCUACUCCGAGGACGAGCCGUCUGAGUAUAGGAAACGGAUCUUGAGGGGUCCUUACUAUAGAAUCGAGAUGGCAACUCCGGCUGCGGAUCCCCGCGAUUUUCUGUUUAAGGUGCUGGUAAUCGGUGAAUGGGGAACGGGCAAGACCAACAUCAUCCGCCGCUACGUUCACAAGGCCUAUAGCGAGCAUUACCGACCCACGAUCGGUGUAGACUUCGCGCUCAAAGUUAUUCAGUGGGACGAGAAUACAGUCGUCCGGCUACAGUUGUGGGACAUCGCAGGUCAAGAACGCUUCGGUAACAUGACGAGAGUGUACUUCAAGCAGGCGGUCGGAGCUUUCAUCGUCUUCGACGUCACGAGAGGCGCCACGUUCGAAGCCGUUCUAAAAUGGAAGAACGAUCUCGACGCUAAAGCGCAUCUAGCGGAUGGUUCUCCCAUUCCUUGUGUUUUAUUGGCGAACAAAUGCGAUCUGGACAAGGGAGACGGAAUCAGCCAGGCCAAAAUGAAACAUUUCUGUGAGACGAAUAACUUCCACUCAUGGUACUUGACAUCGGCAAAGACAGACACGAAUAUCGAUGAGGCGGCCCGCGACCUGGCCAACGAAGUUCUUCGGCGUCAGCAGAUCGUCGAAUGUCGAGCAGCAAUCAUCGCCGCCGAGAAUACGAUGGCCUUGAACGACCGAAUGUACGGAGAGCCUGUCAAGAGGUUCGGAUGCUGCUGACAUUAGGUCUCCGAGCCAUUGGCACCCACGCUUUAGAGAUCUUGUGCUGGAGGAAAAAUCUAGAUUGGUGGAAUCCUUCGCUCAAAUCACUGAAUAGACAAGUGAUUGAGAACUCCACCCGAUAGCUCGAUCGUCGAGCUAGCCUCAUGGUCUGGUUUUACUGUCCACUCACUCAGAGUGAAGCUUUCAUAAUAAAAUUUACUCUCGGAA